AUGCCGCUCAGCCCGUUCCUGUUGGCCCCGCGGCACAUGCCGGACACGGUCGUCAACAGCUACGACCGGUGCGGCACGACCUACGACCGGACAAGCAGGCUGCUCUUGCGCCGCAGGAGAGUCGGUGACCACGGCGCAGUCCAGGUGCGGUGCAGGCUGGCCACAGAUUGUGCUGUUACCGGGGCUGACAGUAUGGGCUGGUUCGUAUUCGGACCCAAACGUGUGGCACUGCAUGCCGAGACACGCGCCGUCGCGUUGGUCCAGUGCCUUCCUACAAGUAGCAUUAUCCUCUACUGCAAUGUUCCGAGUGUAUUGUCCAGCUACUGUAUGCAUGUUCGAUGCGUGCGGACGCCGGACGGCAGCUCCACACGCACCCAGAGGAGAUGCGGCUCGAUCAUCUUGAGGAUGCGGCAGGCUUCCGUACAGUGUAUGUUCUCGCUAGAUGAUCUUGACCGACAACGACUUCGUGACUCGACGGAUUUAUCCUUCAUACCCUGGAGCCACAGAGCCUAUUCACUGGUCUUAUGGACUGGACUGGGGGUUACUAUUGAUAUGGCUAUUCAGGAUGCAGCCUACUCUACGAUGACCAUACUUCGAGCUACCCAUGCACUGCUCCAGAAAACUGAGUUUAGCUAUGUUCCAGCCUCUCUUUCAGGCGAAGAGGGUUAUAACAGUGGUGUCUAUACGGAUUCCGCUCAUGAGGAGCCGAAGGUCCAGACCACUGCACAUUUGUUGGGGGAUAGGGAUCGUGAGGUCCGUGCCCUUCGUAUGGAGCUCUAUGCUACACGGGCACGUCAUUGGGCAACUUUGACACAACUUGCACCCACAGUUCAGACGGGUUACUGCGAUAUGGAUCUAUUGUACCCAAUGCGGACUCAUCUGCCUGCCCACGUAGAUUGGCCUGAUGUUGGAGGCAACACACAUCUAUGUGGACCUCUUCUACCAGCUACGGACCCCAGGUCUCUCGGGCUACUGUGUUUUCGUUUCCUCACGUUCAGCUUCUAGGCCACGGUGAUUAUCUCUACGAGGACUACUACGGAGGUGUCUGAGAUCGUCUGUGGUUGUAGUAGUAUUAUAGCAGUUGUAUCCACCAUAGUCUUGCGUGUCUUGUGGGAUAUGGCAAAGGUGUGUACCGAAUUCUGGAGGCGUAGAUAAAUAAUGUAUAGGAGUAUCGGACCCCAAAGGUGUGUACCGAAUUCUGGAGGCGUAGAUAAAUAAUGUAUAUGAGUAUCGGACGCCUCUGAUGAGUUGUUUCAUCUUUCACCGCAGUUUGUACUCUAGCUUGGGCUUGUACUAAACUAUGUUAUCUUGCGUACGACCGUUGGUAUAUAUGUAUGGCAGUUUGCUUGUUA